GGGAGCGGUGGGGAAAUCCGCCGAAUGGAGACCAACGCGUCCACCAACGCCUCGUCGGCGCCCGGCUCCGCCGCCCUGUCGGACCUCAUCGUCAUGGUCACCGUGCUGAGCGAGUCGCGCGCCUUCACGCGCUUCGCCUUCGCGACCCUCCUCCUGAUCUACGUCGCCACGGUGGCGGGCAACUCGCUCCUCUGCCUCGUCGUGUGCCGCACGCCGAGCCUCCACCGCCCGAUGCACGUCCUCGUCGCGCUCCUGUGCGCCACCGACCUGGUCGAGGCCACCAACUCGCUGCCGAGGAUCAUGAGCAACCUGGCCGCGUCCAACCGCAUGUCGCUCUCCGAGUGCAUCGCGCAGAUGUUCUUCCUGCACGUCGCCGUGCGCACCCAGGCCUACGUCCUCGCGCUCAUGGCGCUGGACCGCUACGCCGCCGUCGUCCGCCCGCUGCGCUACCGCUCGCUCGUGUCGGUGCGCCGCGUGGCGCGAGCCUUCGCCGCCGCGGUCGCCGCCGCCGCGGUCCCCGUCGCGGGCUACGUCGCCGUGACGCUGCGCCUCGACUACUGCCGCGAGCGCGUCACGUCGUCGCCCAACUGCGACUUCCUCGUGCUCAGCAACCUGUCGUGCGGCGACCUCUCGCUCAACGCGGCGCUCGCCUACGCCAACGUGGCGUCGGGCGUCGCGCUGCCGCUCGCCGUCGUCGCCGUCGCCUACGGGCUCGUCCUGCGCGAGUGCUCCGGGCAGGCGGCGUGCGGUGGCGCCGGUGGCGCCGGCGCCAAGGCCCGGCGCACGUGCGUCACCCACCUCGUCGUCGUCGGCGUCUACUUCGGCUCGAUCUUCUUCACGGUGGCCAGCGGCCUGCGGGCCUUCUCGGCCCUGCCGCGGGACGUGCGCGCGCCCCUGCAGGCCCUCCAGUACGUCUUGCCGCCCGCGCUCAACCCCGUCGUCUACGGCCUGCGAACCGCCGAGAUCCGACGGCGGCUCUUCGGCGCGCACUCCGCCGCGCGGGUGGCGGUAGCGCGCGCGUAA